AUAGCACUUUCCACUGGCUCUGCAUCCUUCGAUUCGAUCCAUUCCGAUCUGGCGGCAUUAUUCUGCAUUGAAAACCACGACAAAAGCAGACCCAGCCCCUUUCCCUCGGUGCUCCAAGUUCAAUACAGUUGACGAAACCAUAAUGCCUCCCAAAGCCAGCACCCGUCUCACCCCGGUCCGUCUCCAGACCAUCAACCACCUGCGCGUCCGGAGACCGAACAAGCACCAGGGCAACCCCUGUGUGGCUAUCAUGUCGUCGAUGCUGAGUUGCUGGGCCUCAGCCGGUGCCACUAUGGAAGGAUGCGGGGCCCUGGAACAGCAGCUACGAGCCUGCAUGGACGCACCCAAACCCAAGGCCCAGGGCCGCAGCACGAUCAACUACCACCUCAUGAGAAUGUUCCCGAAUGUUCGUGGUCCGCAGAAGAAGGAGAGUGUUUUGGGUUGAGCUUCGCGUUUGUUCUUGCGUUUGCUUGCGGUGUUUAAGCUGGUUGUGCUUUUUGGGAAGCGGGUUUGAGUACUGGUACCUACCUACCUAGGUAUUGAGAGGUGAGGGUCUGGCAUGGGAGAGAGUCGUUGGGAUGGAUGAGGAUGGGGCUGUGCUGGGUGUGCUAUGGGCUGGAAGUGGUGGUGGGGGUGGACAUAAACUGUAUUCUACUUUGUUAUUGGAGUUUCUUCGUUUUCUUUCUCCGGGUUUGAGGGUAAAUGUGAUCGUUUAUUC